AUGGAAGUAUACUCACCAACUACAGAUAACGCAUACGAAUACAAAUCAGACGCUACGAACAAAGCAGUAAACAAGAGGAGAAAUUAUCAGAACUUGCAAAGGUCGAUCGAAGCACAUAAAAAAAGGCUGGCAAUGGCCCGGCUCAAAAACGGGAAGAAUCUGCCCGGGGACGAACUGGUGAAACAGGACAAUUCGCUGUACUGUAGGCAGAGCACAGCGGACACGAAUGAAAAUUACGAGUCCUGCAGGUUCCGCCGCCACACUCAGAGUUCGCUGAACAAGAUCACGAGGCCCGUCGUGAAGUACAACAGCCUGAGCAGCUCCAACAGCUUUGACGCUGGCUACGAAAACGAAAAGCUUUAUAUUAAAAAGUACGAGGACUUUGAAAGAACAAAGGACGAGUCCAUGGUGAAAUACAACGGCAACCUAGCUCCAAAGUAUAGUAACGGAAGCGACUUCACAUUUGAUCCUGAAGUUAAAGGGAAAAAGGUUGAACUGGACUCGGACGAACUGGAGAAGAAAGUGGUCGAGAUUCUGGGAAAACUGUUACUGAAGCAGGAAAUUAAACAACAUUCGCAGAUUGUGGCACAAGAAUCAACUAUAUGGAACCAGAAUAGAGCCCACAACAACGUUCUCAACGAACAAGUAAACUCAACCUCGGACAAUCAUGAGCAGGUGGUGGACAUUUUAACCAAGUGCAUCUCAACGACCUUGAACUCAGCGACAAACGAGUCCCUAGAAAACGUAAGCAGCGGUAGGACCUCAAAGAGCGUAAACGUGGAAAUCAACCUGAACAUGCCUGCUCCGAAGCCCGUGGAGCAAACGUUCACCAUGAAUGUGAACAACACUGUCGAAGAGGUGGGAGACGUGUUCAUAGAAAACGUCUUCAACAGAGAUACUAAAAUCGUCCAGGAAAACAUCUUUAAGAGGGCCUACGACAAAGUCAAGUGCCUGUACUUGCCAGAAAGGAAAUCCGACUUGAAUGGGUACCAGAAAAGGUCAAACACACCAAAUGCUGUCCUUAGACAGGGGGGAGCCACUCUGAGGCAGAGUGAGAAUGCAGCAAAUUUUGUCAUGAAUAACCAAGCUGUGGUUUACAAAACGAAGAAAGCGCACUCCGCUUGGCUAGAGUCUCAAGGGUGGAAGAAUAGCAUGAACAGAGGUCUUCCAAGCAGCUUUCAGUGGAACAAGAAAGUUUGGAACAAUACUAAUGUUAUGAACAAGGCGAAUCCAAGUGGCUGGGUUGGAAAUAAGCAAGAAACCAAGGUUAGAGUUAAACCAGUUCAAAGUACUUUGAACGAAGAAAAGGAUGCUAAAACAAACGAUAAACAAAAGCAAAUAGCCAGGAACACAAGUCUGGUGGAACUCAGUAAAAUGUUCAGGCCGUUUACGAGAUCAAGGUCUCAAUCUGUGCACUUUCAGGCUAAAAAUAACCAAAAUAUUCCUCCCAUGCCCAGAAACAACACUUUUGUGCAACGAACCAGGUUAUUAGCAAGGAGUGCAACUCCUGCCCCCCUGAAAAACGGCAACGUGUUCAAUGGUUUCAACAAUGUUCAGUUGAACAAGCCUCAGCAGAAGAACAGCUUUAAUACACAACCUCAGGCCGCAUGGGUAGAUGACACCUUUGAUCCAUUCAAUCUCAAGCAAAAAUUCGGAGUACAAGGUGCCAACGCCCGGAGCAGUGAAAAGAGGUUAAGUACCUGGAAGGAGAAACCAGCAGUAAACGUUCAAACUAACAACGUUGAUAGCACACCACUGGUUAAUAGAAACAGCAGUUUUAACUUCUUCGGUAGAAAUAGUGGACUUAAGAGAGGAAACCAGGAAUUCCUGGCGAGCUAUAACGCAAAUUUCAUAGAAAGAUUCGAGAAAAGCGGCGUACACUGCGUGGAUCCAUUCGUGAGAUUGAAGCAGAGCGUGAUGCCGAAUCUGCAGAGGACGCAGAAUGUAGGGAACCAGUGGAGCGAACAGAACAGGCCUAACUACCAGAUUCCACAGUCUGCCAAACUAGUUAGGCAAUCCCAAACGCCAAACACACUAUCAGGAGUGAAAAGGAUAAACACAGAACCAAGAAUGUUGAAUAAGUUCCAGUCAGCGGGAGAUGCCUUCGUAAAUUAUAAACAGUACACAGACAAUCUAAGCUUAGGAGGAAAUAAAACAAAUACGAGGCUCAGGCUGCUGAAUUCCCAAAGCGUAAUUAACACAUUGAACAAUUUAUCAAGAUUGAAUACAAUGUAUUAA